GUUUGCUAAUAUUUUUCUUUAUUUUUAUUCUGACGGAAUUGCAAGCCUUGAAGGCCAAUGCAAAGGUCAAUAAAAAAAAUAUAAUAAAUAAGAGGACAAUUACUAAUGAAACAAAUAAGGAUCAAAAAGGAAAGGACGAUAUAGUUAGCUACAAGUUUGACGAGAAAAACCAACAAUAUGUGCUGAAUUUAAACAAAUUGUCAGCUAAAAAUCGUUUGCUUAAGCUUAAUAAAAAGGCAAGUGAUUUUAGUUUCAACUGUGGUUAUAGAAGUUCAAACAACCAGAGCGUGGAAAUUCCCAUUAAAGACGGAGAUCUAGUGCCCCACAAUGUAGAAGCUUUAAUCACAACCUGCAGAACUGUAGAGAAUGAGGUUCUCCAGAUAAAUCCACUCAUAGUUGUGCCGAUUAAAACUAUGGCAAGAUUUAGAAGAACACAAAGCAAAAAACCAAAGGUUGUGAUAUUUGGAUUCAAUGGAAUAACAGAGGAAUCUUAUCAAUCAAUUCUUAAUGAAAUUCGAGGACCUGAUAAUGAAAAUACUUUACAUGAAAUGCCGAAGUAUGGCAGAGUCGAAGAAGACGAUUAUCUGAAUCUUUAUGCCCUUUUAGCGGGAGGCAAUCAAAAUAGAGCUGACUUACGUUCGAGUUACAUUUUCCAGCAUUUUAAAAAUCAGGGUUAUGCCACUGCCUUUGCCGAGGAUUUAUCGUUUAUAAGAAAGUAUCCCUUUGAAUUUGAGGAACUUUCUGCUGACUUUUACCUGAGACCCUUGCUAAAUACAAUUGCAGGUAGUGUGCACCUUGACAGUCAAACAAGUAACCUUAAAAGCGCAAACUAUGUUUAUGAUUAUGGAGAGCAAUUCCUCAAGCGCUAUCUUAAAAGUUCCCAGCCAAUAUUCGGAUUAUUCUGGUCUACCAAUUCCGAAAAAGAAAACACCAAACACCCUUUUGUGGAAUACUUAAAGCGGUUUAAGAAGUUCGGAUUGCUUGAAGAAACGAUUGUGAUUUUUAUCAGCGAUCAUCUGUGUAAAUCAAGCCUUUCUAUCUGGCUGCCAAAUAAGUUUCGUGAGGAGCACCCAAGCAUUGUUACUAACUUGGAUAAAAACACCAACCAGUUGACUUCACCUUAUGAUCUUUAUCUUACUCUUCAAGAUAUCACUGAAUUGGAAAAUAAGAAUCAUACUAAACUCUUGGAAUGUCCAAAUUGUCAAUCACUCUUUGAGGAGUUACCAAUAAAUCGCAGAUGUCAAGACGCAGGACGUAGUAAAGUAAACUGCGAUUGUGAUAGCUCCACAAAGCCAUCCCUAAACGAAACUUUAAAUUCAGAGCUUGGCACCUUGGUAAUUAAGCAUAUUAACAUGCAUCUUCAAAGCACUCAACUACUGGAGCACUGUGAAGAAUUUACAUUACAGAAAGUAGAAUCUGUUAAUCAGAUAACAACCGAAGUAAUACCGAAAUAUCGAGUUCAAGUUAUGGCUCAACCCAAAUCUGUAAUCUUCUUUGCCUCUGUUAUAUAUAAUCCGGCUAACCAAAAAAUUGAAAAAGCAUCUGUUAGAACUUUCCGUCGAUUUUAUAGGGAUAAAAACGAAUCGGAUUGCCAAACAGAAAAGAAGUUUAGAAAGAUUUGCCUGUGCAAAACCAAAAAACAAUCUGUGAAGCCUGAUGAAAAUAAUGACUUAAAAGAAAUUAUGGAAAAGCUAAUAAAAAAAGUGGAGGAUCUGGAAAAAAAUUGCAUGUUGCAGACACAGUCAAUCAAAAAGGACAUCAUUAAAUUGAAGGACAUGAUGGCCAAAUCAACGGAAAAUAAAGUUGAAAGAACACUUUCAAAAACUGAAACCAAGGAAAACCCUGAGAGUUCAGAGUCCCACUCUAAUACUGAAUUAAGCAUGCAUUUUUAAUGCAAAACUUUCCGUCCAGUUAAUAAAAUAAUAUUCAGUAGAUUAUCUUAUCUACUGGGUAUCAUAAAUCCUUAA